CUAUUAGACAUACCGUUAUCUACAAAGUUUGGAAUCGUAUAACUACAACUGUAUAAAGAGAUUGCUGAAAGAACUUGUAAUAAAUUAAAUGUAUUCGGCACAUUAUACUUUUUGUUUGAAUAAGAAAUGAUGUGCAAUAAUGGAAAUAUAGGAGCAGAGAUUCCAUAAUUUGAUCGAAGAAUCUUCUGAUCUAGAAAUAGCUUUAUCCAUGGUGGCGGUACUAAGCGUCGUUCUGAGUUGAGGUUAUGUUUCUGUUGCAUUAAAAAAAAUACAUAAAUAAAUGUUCAUGUAGCCGUCAAGUAUAUAUAUUUUUACUGUUUCAUUGAGUUAUUUUUGUAAACACGUUACGAUAUUUUUGAAACCAACAAAAUGUCAGGAGGUAUGCUUUAUGGUGGAGAUGAAAUUGGAGCUUUAGUAUUUGACUUGGGUCAUCAUUCCUUGAGGGUUGGUUAUGCUCAAGAAGAUACACCAAAAGCAGAAAUUCCAGCUGUAAUAGGUGUAGGAGAAGAUGGCAAUUGUACAGCAACAAAAACAGAACCUAUGGACAUUGAUGAUAAAAAACCAGAUAAUAAUAUUACACAAUCUGGGACCAAGUAUUAUAUUGACACUACUAUACUCCAUGUUCCUCGAAAGAAUAUGGAAGUUGUAAGUUACAUGAAAGAUGGUAUGAUCGAGGAUUGGGAUCAUUUUGAAAAGGUUUUAGAUUAUACUUACUCCAAAGUAAUUCAGUCGGAUGCAGAAUAUCACCCAGUAUUGUUUUCCGAAUCUCCUUGGAAUGUUCGUAGUAAAAGAGAGAGGCUAACUGAAUUAAUGUUCGAAAAAUAUAAUGUACCAGCAUAUUUUCUAGUAAAAAAUGCAGUUCUCGCUGCUUUUGCAAAUGGUAGAGCAACUGGUAUUGUUGUUGACAGUGGAGCAACGCAUACCUCUGCUGUGCCAGUUCAAGAUGGUUUUGUUUUAACACAAGCAAUAGUUAAAUCUCCUCUGGGAGGAGACUAUAUUAGCAUGCAGUGUAGACAAUUUCUUCAGGACAAUGACAUUGAUUUGUCUCCUUCCUACAUGGUGGGUAGUAAAGAAGUUGUGAAAGAUCAUGAUAAACCUCGGUGGAUUAAAAAGAAAGGUUUACCAGAAGUUACUAAAUCCUGGCACAAUUACAUGGUGAAGAAACUUAUCCAAGAUUUUCAAGCUACUGUGCUACAAGUAUCAGAAACUCCAUAUGAUGAGAAAGUAGUUUCCACAAUUCCAGCAGUUCAGUAUGAAUUUCCAACAGGUUACCAUCAGGAUUUUGGAAGUGAAAGAUUUCGUAUACCAGAAGCUCUCUUCGAUCCUAGCAUGGUGCAAAUGCGUGGUGGUAUGGUUGGUAAUACUAUGUUAGGAGUGGGUCACAUUGUACAAACUAGCGUUGGUAUGUGUGAUGUUGAUGUAAGACCUGCUUUAUAUGGAAGUGUUGUUGUUACUGGUGGAAAUUCAUUCAUUCAGGGCUUCCCAGAGCGUUUAAACAGAGAUUUGUCUAUGAGAAUACCAUCUAGUAUGAGAUUGAAGUUAAUCAGUGUAAAUGGAUGCGCUGAACGGCGAUUUGGAGCUUGGAUUGGUGGAUCUAUUUUGGCCUCGAUUGGUACUUUCCAGCAAAUGUGGAUUUCAAGUCAAGAAUACGAAGAAAGUGGAAAGAGUCAAGUAGAACGAAAAUGUCCCUAAAUAAAUAAGUUAUUUCCAUUUAUCUUCGUCUUAUCAAAUCGUUAAUAUUUGUACAAACAUUUCCUUGAAGAUUUCAUUUUUAAGUAAAUAGGUAUAAAUGAUUAUGUUUAAACAAAGUAAAAGAUACAUACACAGAAACAAAUUCCGCAUUUUUUAACAUUCGUUUAACGGUAAUGUGUUCUGAAUCUUGAUCUAAGAUAAGUAUAUUUUACUUAUAAGUGAUACUGAACAAUGACUUGUAAAAUAUGCAGUCAAAAGUGGAAAUUUUAUUUAUUAUCGAUGCACCACAUAAACGCAAU